UUAAAAAAAAAAAUCAGUGUUCUCUAAAUUUCUCUUUGUCGACCUAAGUCUCUAUCUGCUCCGUUCACCAUGACCAAGCAACAGGCGAACUGGUCUCCUUACGACAACAAUGGAGGAUCUUGUGUUGCGAUUGCCGGAGCUGAUUACUGUGUUAUCGCAGCUGAUACUCGAAUGUCAACCGGUUACAAUAUUCUGACCCGCGAAUACUCCAAAAUCUGUAAACUUGCAGAUAAAUGUGUUAUGGCAUCCUCGGGAUUUCAAGCCGAUGUGAAGGCUUUACAAAAGCAACUGGCAGCUAGGCACUUGAUUUAUCAGCAUCAGCACAACAAGCAAAUGAGCUGCCCUGCAAUGGCCCAACUGCUGUCCAACACCCUUUAUUACAAGCGAUUCUUUCCUUAUUAUUCUUUUAAUGUUUUAGGCGGCCUUGAUAAUGAAGGAAAGGGUUGUGUCUUCACAUAUGACGCUGUUGGUUCCUAUGAGAAGGUUGGAUACAGCUCUCAAGGUUCCGGUUCGACACUCAUCAUGCCUUUCUUGGAUAACCAACUGAAAUCACCCAGUCCUCUCUUAUUGCCUGUCCAGGAUGCUGUUACUCCACUUGUGGAAGCUGAAGCUGUCGAUUUGGUGAAAACUGUUUUUGCGUCAGCAUCUGAGAGAGAUAUAUACACUGGAGACAAACUUGAAAUUGUUGUCAUAAAUGCUGAUGGUAUCCGUCGGGAAUACAUGGAACUUAGGAAAGAUUGAUCAAAUUUCCACUGUGAUCUGGGUUACACACCUCUUACAGACGUGUGAGUCCUUGAAUUGAUGGAAUGACUGGUAUACCGUGUCUGAUGCUUGUAUCAAACUACUUUGAUCGUAUUCUGAUACUCAAAUCAUGCAUUGCAGUUUAAUUUAUCUUUCAAGAUAUCAGCUGUUAGGCAAAAAUAGGCUUUGGAUAAUGUUUCAUGGAUGGUCUGUUGCUCAACUAAUCUUCUGUGUUUUAAAAGGAAAAAAAUUGUUUCCACUUU